GGGGUCCUUAUUUUAGCAUCUUACUUCUUCAUUAUCCCACGUCUGUAUGCAUUAUGUCGUAGAAACGUAAAGAAACUCCUAAUUUUUUCUUGGACAUGACUUAACAUGGGCAGCUACAGUGACUCCACCAGUGACCUAGAUGAGGAGCUGCCUGUGUUUGACUUCCUCCAGCCGAGUCAAAACCUCAGCCGAGCCCCCCAGAGUUACCCAGAGAACUUAGUUGACCUGGAUGUCUCCGAUGCAGAAGAGCCAGCCAUCUUCUCCCCAGCGAAGGGCAGUGCUGAUGUAAUGAUGAUCAGCAGCGAUUCUGAUGACAAUGCACCUUAUGUCCCUCUGGCACAGAGACUCAAACAGAGACAAGACAAUGUGAUUAGUGCCUCCUCCACUGUCGCUAAUGAGAAAGAUGCUGAGCAGUAUUCGCCAUCCAAUCUGGCCGGCUCACAGCUCUCUUGCCAGAAUGGGUUUUCAGAGUCAGAGCAGCCUCUCAGCGUCCAUCAGGUGAGAACAGUGAGCCGUGGGGUCUCAGAUGUUCCAGAUGAGAUGGCGACUCUCCCUCAGCAAUGGCUCCCUCCCACUGACACCUCUCCUGCCAAGAGGAAACCAGCCAAGCGAACGGCGGAGGAGAUCCAGGCCUCCAGGGAGGAGGCUUUGAGGAGGAGGCAGGCCAGGGAGGCACAGCAGAGGGGCAAGGAGGUGCUCAGGCAGGAACAAGAGAGACAGAGAGCAGAGAAAAAAGCUCUGGUAGAGGCUGCCAAGGCCUUGAGGCCAGAGGAGUGUAUCAAGCACAUGGUGGUGGCUGUGGACCCAGCUCUCUUACAGCUGGAAGGAGGCGGGACUCUCUUGGCGUCGGUGCAGGCUCUGGGCUGUAGCUGUGCCAUAGAGAAACAACCCCUCCCACGCAGUGUCAGCUGGAUGAGGAGAGCUCCCUGUGCACAGCCAGAUGAUGGUCAGUGUGUACCAGAGGCCCAUGUUGUGAUGCACAUGACAGUUGACGACUUCAUCACUCUGAUCCACGGCUACAUUCAGGAGGAGAGGCAUGGCAGGUCUGGCACCAGUCCGACUCUGACGUCCUGGGUGCAGGAGCAGCAGAGGCGUCACCCCACUAAGAUCCUCAGUCUGGUGGUCAUCGAGCUGGAGAAAUACUUCAGAUCCCAGAAGUCACAAAGCCAGAAGCGAUUUCGAGAGGCAGUUGCGGGUGAGGAGCGAGGAGGAGGACAAGUGAAGAAGAGAAGGAGGAAUGGUGGAGCUGAGGUUCUUCCUGAGGUUUCCCGGGUUGAAUUAGAGGAGGCAGUGGUGCAUCUCCAGCUUCACACAGGCGUCUCUGUCCGCUUCUUGUCAACCUGGAAGGACUUCUCCGAUCAUAUCACCAUGACAACCAAAGCGGUUGCAGAAGCCCCUUUUAAGCGAGAGCGAGAGAAGACAGGCUUCUCUUUCCACCUGGAGAGUGAGUGGGCGGGGGGGCAGCGGGUGGAUAAAGCUGGGAAGGGACUGCUGCAGGUGUGGAAGAGACAGAUCCAGCAGUUUAACAGAGUCAGUCCAGACAUGGCCUCAGCCAUCCUGGCAGCGUAUCCCUCCCCACAGCUGCUCAGGAAGGCUUACAAUCAAUGUAAGAGCGACCAUGAGAAGAUCUCCCUGCUGUCUGACCUUCUUAUCCGCAGAGGAGAAGGCGUCACCUCUACGACUCGCCGCGUCGGCCUGGAGCUUUCCAAACGCCUCUUCAUCCUAAUGAACUGUUGCGAUCCUGAGCAGUCUCUGGACUCCACUGUCUGAUCUUUGAAGUUAGACUCCUAUAAUUUUUGGACUUUGGCAGUUUCUAUUUAACACAGAAUUUCAUAGUAGAUGGAGGUCUGUUUUUAUUGCAUUUCAGUUUCUAUUUAAUCAUGAAUAUUAAAGUUUUAUAAAGAAAAUAAGCAUUUUUUAAGUUUGCUAUCCUUAAGUAAUAGUUUCUAAGAAAUGUCAUACACAUUGAUUUAUGGGAAAUUCUCAGAGUUUUCAGUGUGGGUCUUUUUCUCAAAUUGUGGUCAUUCUGACAGGUUCAUGCUAACUUUACACUCACUAUCUCUACGACAGAGACUCCAGCAAAACAUUGUAUAUCACUGGACAUCAUAUAAAUAAAUAAACCUCAGUUUGACAUGA